ACAAUGGGUGUAGCGAGGUCAUCCAUACCACGUGAUUCGCGCUCGCGCACCUCGUGACUACUAAUCGAUCGUCUUGUUCUCCUGUCGUCUUGCCAUCGCGGCAUCGUGACUACUAGUUCCAGGAAAACGAUAAGACGAAUCUAGUGUCACUGUCGAAGCAUCACGAUUUUUUUUGUGUAGUCAAUGUUCCUGGAGUAAAAUCUAUUCGUUUCUCUCCGCGGCGCGUUACUUCCAACCAUUGAAGAUGGGCUCGCUCUUCCGCAGCGAGGAGAUGACUUUGUGUCAGCUGUUUCUCCAAAGCGAAGCGGCGUAUGCUUGCGUCUCCGAACUUGGCGAGCUCGGUCUGGUACAAUUUCGCGACUUAAAUCCUGACGUCAACGCUUUCCAACGAAAAUUUGUCAAUGAGGUGCGUCGUUGUGACGAGAUGGAGAGGAAGCUACGCUACCUGGAAAAGGAAAUCAAGAAGGAUGGUAUCCCGAUGUUGGAUACUGGUGAGAAUCCAGAAGCCCCACAGCCCCGUGAAAUGAUUGAUCUGGAGGCUACCUUUGAAAAGCUAGAAAACGAGCUGCGGGAAGUAAAUCAGAAUGCUGAAGCGCUUAAGCGCAACUUCCUGGAGCUCACCGAGCUCAAGCAUAUCCUGCGAAAGACUCAGGUCUUCUUUGAUGAGGCUGAGCAUGGAGGUGUCGUGUCGCAGAUGGCAGACCCCAGCCGUGAAGAAGAGCAAGUCACUCUGUUGGGUGAGGAGGGCCUCCGCGCCGGCGGCCAGGCUCUCAAGCUCGGCUUCGUCGCGGGAGUCAUCUUGAGAGAACGGAUUCCCGCGUUCGAGCGUAUGCUGUGGCGUGCGUGCCGUGGAAAUGUCUUCCUGCGCCAGGCAGAAAUUGAGACUCCUCUGGAGGAUCCCUCGACGGGGGACCAAGUGUAUAAAUCGGUCUUCAUCAUCUUCUUCCAAGGCGAUCAGCUGAAGACUCGUGUGAAAAAGAUCUGCGAGGGAUUUAGGGCAACCUUGUAUCCCUGUCCAGAAGCGCCAGCUGAUCGCAGAGAAAUGGCUAUGGGCGUUAUGACCCGUAUCGAAGAUCUAAACACUGUUUUGGGACAGACGCAAGAUCAUCGUCAUCGUGUUCUUGUAGCUGCAGCGAAGAACAUCAAGAAUUGGUUUAUUAAGGUCCGCAAAAUUAAGGCAAUUUAUCAUACUUUGAAUCUUUUCAAUUUGGAUGUCACUCAAAAAUGCUUGAUCGCUGAAUGCUGGGUGCCUGUUCUGGACAUUGAAACUAUCCAAUUGGCACUGAGACGAGGAACGGAGCGUAGCGGGAGCUCCGUUCCUCCCAUUCUAAAUCGUAUGGAGACUUUUGAGGACCCGCCGACGUAUAAUCGUACAAACAAAUUCACGAAAGGCUUUCAAAUAUUGAUUGAUGCUUAUGGAGUCGCAUCUUAUCGCGAGAUGAAUCCCGCGCCUUACACUAUCAUUACAUUCCCGUUUCUAUUUGCAAUAAUGUUUGGUGACACUGGCCACGGCCUCAUUAUGUUCCUGUUUGGUGCAUGGAUGGUGCUGAAGGAGAAGCCAUUAGCGGCUAAGAAGAGCGACAACGAAAUCUGGAAUAUUUUCUUCGGUGGUCGUUAUAUCAUUUUUCUCAUGGGCUUAUUCUCUAUGUAUACUGGUCUAAUUUAUAAUGAUAUAUUUUCAAAGUCACUCAAUAUUUUCGGAUCUAACUGGAUGGUAAACUACAAUCGUAGCACCGUUCGACACAAUAAAGCUCUACAAUUGAAUCCCAAUUCUACGGAUUAUGUUGAUUAUCCAUAUCCGUUCGGCAUGGAUCCAGUGUGGCAACUGGCAGAGAAUAAGAUUAUUUUUCAAAACUCCUUCAAGAUGAAGAUCUCCAUCAUCUUUGGCGUGCUACACAUGUUAUUUGGUGUCGUGGUGGGAUUAUGGAAUCACAUGUACUUUAAGAAGCGCGUCAAUAUCACGUGCGAGUUUGUGCCGCAAGUGAUCUUUCUCAUGGCACUGUUCUUCUAUAUGGUGAUCCUCAUGUUCGUCAAAUGGAUUAAAUACGGCCCAAAGAAUGAUGUGGUCGAUGGUCCCGGCUGUGCGCCUUCGGUCCUCAUCACUUUUAUUAACAUGGUACUUUUUAAGCCUGCCGCCAAGCUCGGUGAUUGCGACCCUUAUAUGUAUGGAGGUCAGAGCGGUUUGCAAAAGUUCCUAGUGAUCGUGGCAGUGCUCUGCGUACCAUGGAUGCUGCUGGGAAAGCCAAUCUUGAUGAUGCGCAACCGCAAGAAGCAGCAUUAUCAACUCAACAAUCACGGCGCCGAGAAUGGUGAUGUAGAGGCGAGCAUGGGAGCCCUUCAACAGAGCGGAGGUGUCACGCAGGGCGGCGGCGGCCACAAAGAAGAAGAGGAAGACAUGAUGGAGGUGUUCAUCCACCAGGGUAUUCACACAAUCGAGUAUGUUCUUGGUAGCGUGUCGCAUACUGCGUCCUACUUGCGUCUUUGGGCUUUAUCUCUGGCACAUGCUCAAUUAUCUGAGGUAUUGUGGACUAUGGUAAUGAGGAAUGGUCUAGCAAGGGAAGGAUGGGACGGUGGCAUCGUUCUCUAUGUCAUUUUCGCCUUUUGGGCGGUUCUCACUGUAGGGAUUCUUGUACUCAUGGAAGGUCUUUCGGCAUUUUUGCAUACGCUUCGUUUGCAUUGGGUGGAGUUUCAGAGCAAAUUCUAUGCUGGUUUGGGCUACAGCUUUCAGCCAUUUUCCUUCGAAAUUAUUCUCGACGCUGCGCAGGCCACGACCGAAGAUUAAAAUAAUUAAUCGUUAAUUAAUAACAGACUCUGACUAUAAUUAAUAUAAGGGCAUCGUGAAUUCGAGCUGCUUGAUUGAACAAGUCAGUUAUGAAUAAUAAAUGAGCGAGCUGUCUUUCUCGAAUCAGAAUAUGUAUGUAUGUAGAGUAUUGAUUAUAAUAAUUGAUCAAAGUAUGAAAAUUAUUUUCCUCUUUAUCGCGUGUAGUCUUUUAAUUAUACGAACGGAACUUUGAUUAAAAUCAUAAAACAUAAAAAUUAUGGUAUAUACACAAGGUCAUGACAAACAAAUAUUUUCGUGAUAUUAUUAAAGUUCUUCUUUAAUCGAAUUGAAUUAUGAUCGAAAAGAUCUAAAAAAACUCUUCCUCUUUAAAUGAAUAAUCCUUUAAAUGAAAAAUCCUCUCUAAUGGAAUGUAUUUGUCUCAUCCGUCGUUGUUCGAUGUUAGAAAUAUCUCGCAAUUUUAGAAAUUUUGAUGCGAGUAGUGUGGAAUUCUCCAUGCACAUUGUAGAACUUGUAGAUCUGAAAACAAAUGUAUGUCGCUCGUGCGAUUGAUGUUGUUUCAUAUAUCUGUACGUAAUAAAAAUGUGGCAUAUUGAAGAAUA